AUCACAUAAAGUUAAAAAAUCAAAAAAAGCAAUUUUGAUCAUAUUUGCAGUUAUAAAAAAAAGGAAAAUCUUUUUUUAUUUAUAUUUCCAAAAUUUAUAAAUCUCUUAAAAAAAAAUAUUUCGUUGCAAUGUUUCUAAAAAAAGUUUUUUCUGAUUAUGAUAUUAGGAUUCAAAAUUAUUAUGAAAUUGCUACACACUUUACAUCGAUAUCAAUGUCAAAAAUAUAUCGCUGUAUUUUAAAGUAAAAAAAUGUUAAAAACAUUUAUGUAUAUGUUUUUUUUAUAUAUAAUAUAACUUACUUGUUCCAGAAAUUGUAACAACUCGUUUUUGAAUAAUAAUAACGAGUUACAUGAAUAAAGUAACUUUCCCAACCCUGAUGAAUAUUCAGUUUCGUUUGUAUUGAUCGUGACGUUUCUAAGUGACUGAUAGUCGUUUACCUUAGAUACGUGCACUCUUACAAGAAAAUUAACUAAGUAGCUGAUUAUUACAAAAAAAGUGACAAAUAUUUUUUUUAUUUAUUAUUAAAAAUAGAUAUAUUAUGCCAUCCCAACACGACACGAAUGAGAAGACUGGCGAUGAUAAUGAGGCGCCAAAAUAUCAGAACACUUACCGCAUGGAACCGCGGAACCCGUUCAAGGCUGAUUUGGUGGACAAAAUCGUAAGAUCGGUGAUGAACAAUCGUUUGGACGAGCUUACGUACGAUGAUACGGUGGUCGCGAAAUUAUGCGGCGACGUUGCUUCGGAAAUACGACGGCGCGUGAAAAAACUCAACUUCGACAGACACAAAAUCAUCGUCGGUGUUACGAUAAUCGAAAAGGCCAGUCAAUCCGUAGAAACGACUGUAGGUUUCCUGUGGGAUAGCAAAAACGACAAUUAUUCUCUCUUUUCUCUCGAAGGUCGAACUUUCUACGCUCAGUGCUGCGUGUUCGGUGUCUAUUACGAGUAAUCAUUCUACCGUAAAAUUCGAUUAUAACAAUUAGUGAUUAUCAAACCGUACAAUUAAUUGAUUGUCAAAUUAAAAACAGUACAUCGUUUCAUCGCGAUCUUUGAUGAGCAAUAAUGAUAUCUUUAACCUUAUGCUUAGAUUCGAAUUUUAUCUCAAAAGUUUUCGCCGAUUGAAGUAUAAUUUGUUCGUUGUUUUCAGAUUGAUAACACGAAGUAAUAUAUCAAUUACAUCGGAUCAAAUAGUAUUAGAAUAACAUUAUUUUCGAUCGUUAGUUAAAUGUCACGAAUACAAGGCAGACUCCAAGUGAAGCGAUAUUACAAUGGAUUUAAUUAAUAUAGAUAUAAUCAUAUUUAUAAUUAGAUAGUUUAUGCAAUAUAAUAAAAUACAAUAAAAUAU